AUGGAAUCGAAGGCCAGCCUCCCACCACACUAUGCGUGCCUUGGUGUAGACCCAUCCAUCAACUCCGUGGACUUGGCGCGGCAAUACAAGAAACUGUCGCUGCAACUGCAUCCAGACCGGGCAGCCUAUCGCGACGACGCCGCCAAUGAGAUGCACGUGCAGGCACGCUAUCAGCGCAUCACGGAGGCCUACGCGGUUCUGUCGGACCCAGAGAAGCGUAGAGCGUACGACGCGAAGCACGGUGUCAACUUUCAAUCGCGUCUGGCGCGCUUGCAGACCGUCAUUGGUCAUCACAACACUAUGGCGACGCAGCGCAGCACGACGAGCUGUAAGACGGCCUGUUUGGCCUCCACAUCCUCUCCUACGACUGAUGAGCAUGACGCGCAGCACCUGCAUGCUGCAUCGCACAAGGAUUCUGCAGAGCGCACGGUUGGCGAUGACGACGAUGAAGACUAUGACCCCAACGACGUCCUCGCCCCGCCACGUGGUGCGCCGCAUCAAGGCCGCUCAAGUGACUUUUAUAGCGACGAUAGCCGUGAUGCACAUGGAGAGGGCGACUACAUCGCCCGUCUGUUCAGCUUACAUCUGCGCGUCGGUGCUGAGGCGGCGCCAAAGACACGCAACGGGGUGCCCGUGGUGCAGUACCAGGCUAUCACGCUUACCCGCGCGUACAGCCCACCAGAAUCGCCCUACGCCCGCACGUGGGGUCUCGUCUUCAAAAAGAACGAGCUCGUGGACCUUGAUGGCGAAAACCUGGAGGAGCUGGCGCGCAUCACCGGCCUCGCUGCCGUGCCGUUCCCGUCUGUGGUGCAGCAGAUCAACGACACAAUGGUGGUACCGACGACAGACGUGCCGCGGCUGCUAUCUCGCCUCUACGAAGCAGAGUCCACACGGGGCUCAGCGGUGAGCCCUGCCACGGGCCAAACGGCGUCGAUCAAUACUGACGCACCUUCGGGCCAGAGUGAAAAAGUGUGUGAGGUGUGCGAGGAGGCCCCGGCCGACUCUUCACCGUCCUCCUCGACAGAACACCUCUACAUGGUCUUGGCCUAUAGCACCGUGGCGUACGAUCUCGUUGGUAAGGUACACUUGCUAGGCGAUGAUGACGUGAUCAACCGUUUGGUGCCGUCUUGGUGCAUUGCCCCACAACUGAGUCCGCUCAUGCCGGAUGCAACCGUCCUGUGUGUAAACAACACGCACGUCCGCUCCGCCGCGGAGUUGCGCGCGGCUCUGCGUGCGGCGGUGCUCGAUGGAGAGGACGAGGGCCCCAUGCAGGCGGUGAAGCGAGCUCGUAAAUCGCGCGCUGUUGUUGUGGAGUUUUGCCAGCUUCCGUUUCUGUGCUCGGGCUCGUCGCUUGAGAAUGUGUCCCUGCCCCUCCCCCUCACCACCACCACCACCACCACGCCUAGACUUGGCGUCUGA